GGGCCUUUUUCGCAGGUUCAGUUGAAUCGGAAGGGUGAGCGAAGCUAAGGAGUUUCCGUUAUCCUUAUUUAUUUAUUUUCAUUUUCUUUUCUCUCUCUCAAACAAACUCCAACAAAAUUGAAAAAAAUAUAAAAAUUAGGGUUUCUUAAUCUCCCAAUUGUUUUAAGAAAAUCUCUCUGUUUUCUUCAUUGGAGCUAUGGAAUCUGAUUCGAUCAGCCACACUUCUUCUCCUUCAGCCUCUAACUGCAAAGAUAUCUCCAGAAAGAAGAGAAGGUCUGCAAAAUUGAAGCAGUGCAAACUCGAUGCCCGCCGCGAGCAAUGGCUUUCUCAAAGUGCGGUGAAGAACAAGGUUUGUUGCAAGGAGGGAACCAACGAUGGCGACUCGAAGCAAACUCAGCGGGGUGAAAGGGACCGUUCCUUGGAGAACUUUGAGAUGAGGGAAACUGCUGAGGCUAACGGAGAGGGAGAAAAUGUAUCUGUCCAACACGAGAGCGAUUCUGAGUCUUUUCCUCCUAAUAGCCACACGAGCAGCAGCCUGCUAGGAGGAAUGGAUUCCGGAACAAGCUUCACCAAUAGUAGCAGCAGCAGCACAAGUAGUGGCGGAUGCUGUUCCGGUAGCAUCACGGAAGAGGAAGGCGGUGAUGGAUGCUUGGAUGAUUGGGAGGCGGUUGCUGAUGCAUUGGCUGCUGAUGAUGACAAGCAAGAAUUGGAUCCAAACGAGAAUAACAAGGAAAACCUUUGUUUAGGGUCGACCCCUGGGCUUGAGCCAAAUCCCCAGUUAGGUUCGAAUGGGGAAGGAUCAGAUUUGAAGAAUUCUGAACCUGAGUGUCCAAGAAUGGUGCAGAGGGCGACAGGGAGCUGCAGGGCAUGGAGGGCUGAUGAUACUUUUCGUCCGCAGACUCUUCCUAAUUUGUCAAAGCAGCGAAGUUUUCCAGCUACUGACCGGCGUUUUGGUCAAGGAGGGGUGUCAUGGAUGCGUAGCAGUGCGUUUUCGGUGCCAUCCUCAUGUCCCAUAUGCUACGAGGAUUUGGAUUUCACGGACUCAAGUUUUUUGCCCUGUUUAUGUGGUUUCCGGCUCUGUCUUUUCUGCCACAAGAGGAUUCUUGAGGAGGAUGGGCGUUGUCCUGGUUGCAGGAAGCCAUAUGAGAAUGAUCCCGUGGAGGCUGAAGCUAGCGUUCAAGGAGGCAGUCUUACGACUAGGCUGUUGGCUCGUUCUUGUAGCAUGAUUGCAAGGUCUUAGGAGCAGUUUCUGUUGUUCGUGAAUUAUGUAUGUUGGAUUACUCUUUUCUUUGUUCCUUCUUAAUUGUGUGUUUUCUUAGUAAUAGACUCUGGUUUCCGUAGAUUUAGAUGUGAGUAUAGCAUUAUCUCUUUUGGCACCCGGGAAUUGAGCUAUGUUUCUAUGAGUUUGGUUCUUAUCUGUUUGGUGCAUGAGUUGAUGUACUCAUCUUGGCAUGUGAAUAGAUAAGGUGGUAUAGAAAUUCAAUACAUAAUGAAUAGUAUAAUAAGUCUUGUGCCUCACUGUGUUUCCAACUACUAUUAUGUUUCUUUCUAUAUUAAAGUUCUGAAUUUUAUUUGAUUAUGCUUUUAAUAUCAAGUGAAUAUUUGAGUA